AUGGAAUACGGAUCGUAUGACAAUACCUCCUAUCCACCACCACCACCCGCCAAUGGUCGUCGCCCCGAAUACGUGCAUCGCAACAGCAGCACUGGAAGGUCACAGAAUGGCGAGAUUGAACAAGUGGUGACCAAGCUCUUACGAACCACCAAGGCAUUGUUGGAAGCAUUGACACACUGGUCUCAAUUACGAGCGACUACUGCGGAUAUCCUUGAUUUUCGGGAGACUUUGGAACGACAAUUCCAUUCAGUAUCACAAGCCUUUGAAGACAAUGGAGUGCCCAUGAAUGAUCUUGCAUGGAUACCUCAUCAACUAAAGGACUCGAUAUCGGUUGCUAUGAAUGAGGAGCCAUCCCCUACUACAUUGGAGCAGCAUUUGCCAAAGAUUCGAGAUGUGAUUGUUCACUUGUUACAUGGAUUGAAGGGGAAGCAACAUCAAUUACGGGAACGGGAAACAGCUGCUUGGUCACGAGAUUCAAUGCGAUCUACCGAUUCUUGGCGUCGAGAAGUACCACAAGCUGCACUUGCUCGUGGGGCAAACCUUGCACAGUCUCCUACACGACCUUAUUAUCCAGCAGAUCGUUCACCACCUCCAUCCGCUGCUCGUAUUACACCAUCGGAUUAUGAUCCUCGUACAAGUGGAAUGCCACGCCCAUCCGUUUCUUCAGACAGCAGCUCAACGAGUAGAAUGAAUUAUCCACCACCCCAAAAUCGACCUUAUUCGCCUACUUAUUUACCAUCUUCACCACGUCAACAACAACCACGUAUACCUUCACCUUCUCGUUCUACAUCUUCGUCAGUCGCUGGUGAUGAUCGAAUGGGUACAGGUCUUGGUCGGCCCAAUAGCACAUCAUCUUCAUCACGUGGUUACUUUGAUACUCGACCAGCAUCACCUAUAGCACAUCCACCUCCACCUCCACCACCUCCACCACCACCCAUGUCAUCGCCUGCAGCUGUGCCAGCACGUACCUCUCCAAGUGAUUUUGAUGAAAAUGAUCCUGGCACUGCUAGUGCACUUGCAGCUCUUAAACGACAAGAGAAUCUCGCUCGUCGAUCUUCAGUACGUCGUGCAUCCAUGUUGCGUGGCAACAAUGAUUAUCAUCCUAUGAAACGACCUGCCAACGAAUAUGUUCCACCCGUGCCUUCACUUCCUACUCCUGACACACGCAAAUUGGGUACUGUGGAUGAAAUGCAAAAUGACAAUGCUGUAACAACAACAACAGCACCACAAGCUACAAAGGACGAAGGUGAAAAAGGUCUCAGCCUUUAUUUGCAGAUUGGCAACAAUACCAAAAAGGUGCAAUAUACAGGCGAAGUCAGCUUGUCAGCAUUGCGUAUGCUCUUUAUUGAAAAGUUCAAUUACUCUUCCGGCCUCAAUGAUUUUCCCAGCAUUUACAUCCGCGACCCUGCCAUCAACGUGUCAUAUGAGCUUGAGAAUCUUCAAGAAGUAACCAACAAGUCGGUGCUUUCUCUCAAUGUGGAUGAGGACGUGGCACAGAAGCAGUGGUUGCAACAAGUGACUGAUUCGGUUGAAAAGGAGAUGGGCGAGAUCCGAAAAUUGUUUAUUGAACACGUGGAUGAAAUCAAAAAGCAAGUUGCUCAAGUCGCUGACAAUCAACAAGCUGCCGUACCUCCACCACCACCUCCACCACCUCCACCUGCACCAGCACAGGCUCCAGAACCAGAGUCAUCAUCGACAACGGCAGAUGUUCCUGAACCUACGACUACAACAUCAUCAAGUAAUGAAGAGAAUACAACCAUUUCUACACAACAACUUCAAUCACAAUUGAAGGAAAUUGAAACGCUGAGACGAGACAUGGCCGUAUUACGACAAUUAGAGCGUGAGAUGCGUGAAAGCACGGAUGGAGUGGUGCAAGAAUUGAAAGACAAAGCUGAAGAGUUGAGGAAACAAGAUGAAGAGAGCAAAGACAAGCAAACAGCACGAGCAGCAGCACGAUUGUUUAUUGAAGAAGGCAAAGAAAAGGUGCUUGCCGAUUCAGACAAGAUCACAGCACGCCUUGAGGACUUGCAGGAUACAGUGGAUCAGCUCAAGUUGGAUGUGACACAACGUAAAUGUCGUCCUUCGGAUGCCCAAAUGGCUCAUUGCAAUAAGGAGCGGGAUAUGGUCUCCAAGGAAAUUGAGGAAUUCGGCGAGUAUCUUGUCAGCGUCAAACCACGAUGGAAGAAGACAUGGGAAAUGGAGCUUCAAACCAUUGUCAAGGAGCAACAAAUGCUCAAGGAACAGGAAGGCUUGUUACUCGACAUGCGAGAUGAUUUGGCUGCUUUGGUGGAAGUCUAUGAUCAACUUGAGAAGAUUUGUGCUUACCAGAAAAAGGCCAAGCCUGUCAUGCGUGAAUUCCAUGUGGCCCCUGCUGAAGAAGGUUUCGAAGGAAUGAGCAGUGUCCUCAAGCAAGUUCAAACCAUUGAUGUCGAUCAUGAUCGUCGACUCAAGGCUCUCAAUCAAGCUGAAAAGAUGCGACAACGUGAACUUGACAACCGCAUUGACGAAUUUGAACAAGAGCUAUCCACCUUUGUCGAUUCCAAAAAGCUGAAAAAGACGGGCGGUGCAGAGGAAAUUGAACGACAACGAAAACAGAAGGAUCAGGAAAUGUUACGUCGCAUGUACAUGGAACAACGUGAGAACAAACAACCACAACCCAAUGAUGAUGAUGACAAUGAGAAUUCGCAGCAACAAGAACCUGAAGAAGAUCAGCAGCAGCAAUCAAAAGAAAAUGAAGAAGAACCAGCAGAUGAAGAUCAGCAAUAG